UCCGGCGCUUGGACUCGAUGGAGCAGCAUUUCCAAUUUUGACUGAUGUUCUUCCUCGACCAGUGAGUCAGAGCCAAGAAAAGCCGAGUCUUUUCUUGCUGAAAAAGCUUGGGGGAACUGUUGCUCAGGACCUAGGCACUCCUGACGCAUCGUAUCGAUCUCACUUCCUUCUAUGGCUUCACUGUAAAAUCACUUGCAUGUUUGCAGCCCUGUGAAUCCCUCUUCUCCAAAGAGAGGGCUUCAGAACGCCGAGGGAGCUGUCUGAGGUGCUGAAACCUUCCAAGCGUUUGUCUCCACCAGCCCUAAGGGUUAGAUGGCACAUUUUCCUUUCUGCUUUUCUGGUCCCUCAUGCCUCGGAUAAGACUCUUUCCAGGUUCGUGAAUAUCGCUCCGUAUCAUGGCCCACGUGAGACACUUUCGGACACUAGUUUCUGGAUUUUACUUCUGGGAAGCCGCACUGUUACUGAGUUUGGUCGCCACAAAGGAAACGAACAGCGCAAGACCUCGCAGUGCUCCAAUGUCACCUUCGGAUUUUCUGGACAAACUAAUGGGGCGGACAUCAGGGUACGAUGCACGAAUCAGGCCUAACUUCAAAGGACCUCCAGUUAAUGUAACAUGCAACAUAUUCAUAAACAGCUUUGGCUCCAUUGCAGAAACAACUAUGGAUUACAGAGUAAACAUUUUUCUUCGUCAGAAAUGGAAUGACCCUCGUCUGGCAUACAGCGAAUAUCCUGACGAUUCCUUAGACCUGGACCCUUCCAUGCUGGACUCCAUUUGGAAACCAGACUUGUUCUUUGCUAACGAGAAGGGGGCGAACUUUCAUGAAGUCACCACAGAUAACAAGCUGCUGAGAAUUUUCAAAAACGGAAACGUCCUUUACUCAAUAAGAUUGACAUUAACCCUGUCCUGUCCGAUGGAUCUCAAGAAUUUCCCAAUGGAUGUGCAAACCUGCAUAAUGCAGCUGGAGAGCUUUGGGUACACAAUGAAUGAUCUCAUUUUUGAAUGGCAAGAUGAGGCACCAGUACAAGUGGCUGAAGGACUCACUUUGCCUCAAUUCCUGUUGAAAGAAGAAAAAGAUUUGCGAUACUGCACUAAACACUACAAUACAGGAAAGUUUACAUGCAUAGAAGUGAGAUUCCAUCUUGAGCGGCAAAUGGGCUACUACUUGAUUCAGAUGUACAUUCCCAGCCUUCUGAUUGUUAUUCUGUCUUGGGUCUCAUUCUGGAUUAACAUGGAUGCCGCCCCAGCUAGAGUAGCCCUGGGCAUCACCACUGUUCUUACUAUGACUACACAGAGUUCUGGAUCCCGGGCUUCCCUACCAAAGGUUUCAUAUGUCAAAGCUAUUGAUAUUUGGAUGGCAGUAUGUCUCCUCUUUGUGUUCUCAGCACUACUGGAGUAUGCAGCAGUGAAUUUUGUAUCAAGACAACACAAAGAGCUUCUGAGAUUUAGACGAAAGAGAAAGAAUAAGACAGAAGCUUUUGCACUGGAGAAGUUUUACCGUUUCUCAGACACGGAAGAUGAGGUGAGGGAGAGUCGGUUCAGCUUCACCACUUAUGGAAUGGGGCCAUGUCUGCAAGCAAAGGAUGGCGUGCUCCCAAAGGGCCCCAACCAUGCUGUCCAGGUAAUGCCAAAGAGCCCCGAGGAAAUGAGGAAGGUCUUCAUCGACAGGGCCAAGAAGAUUGACACCAUCUCCCGAGCCUGCUUUCCACUGGCAUUUUUGAUUUUUAACAUUUUCUACUGGGUUAUCUAUAAGAUUCUUAGGCAUGAAGACAUCCAUCAGCAGCAAGAUUAAGCCUCUGGAGGCACACAAAAACACUGCAGUCAGAAAAUGUUUCCUUUCCAUCAGAGUGUGUGUAUGUGCGUGUGGUAUGCAAAUGACAGUCAAUGUAUCAAACAGCGUACUGGGAAAGAAUUUACUUUUAUUUUCCCUGUAAAAUAACGGGACAGAUUUGUUCCUUUAAGGGAUACA